CCGACAAUGGGUUUCGCGUCAUUGCCCUCCUAGUCAUGGUGAAUGGCCCCCAUCCCCCGAUUUCUGCCGCGGAAUGAGGGUUCUGCCCGGCUGCCUGCCCGGAUGGCCUGGUUGGGUUGCCGCGCGGAGGCUGGGAGGCGGGCCAGGCAUGUCUCACCAGUCACCCGAGGCCAAGCCCGUCAGCCCUCCAGCAGCAGCAGCAGCAGCAGCAGUAGCCCAUUCAAAAAGCGGGGGAUGGACAUGCGAUGCAAGUGCGGUGUGCAGUCGUGCCGGGCCCCGACUGGCGUUGGGACGUCGAUCAGCCUCGCCCGCUUCCCACCAUGGCCUAGACGGUGCUCUCGACUCCACCAGGGCCCAGCAUCUCCCCCCACCGUCUACCCGUCCGGAUUCCAUCGGGCAGAGGAUGACUACUGUUAGUCGGGUCAAAGGACCGAUUGGCGAUCACGAGAAUCCACGCAUUGUGCCCGGUGCUAACAAUAGCACAAAGGGUACUGUGUACUAUUACUAUAGUACAGUGUAAGCCAGCUGGCGGGUCUGCUUCGCCACGUUAAGUCACCCGACAAAGGAAGGACAAUGAACAACAACUGAGGGCGUGGCACAACCCUGCCCGCGACCGUGUGAGACCGCCCAGGCGGAUUCGCCGGCGUCCGUCAAGCGGGCCCGGCUACUACUGUCCUCCCAGCCAUCCCGAACUGUUGGAUAAUCCCUCGGCUGACCAACGUCGUUGCCUGCCGAUAAACCCAUUCACUGCGGUCCGCUUGGUGACGGUCGCAUCCUGCA